AAAUUAGGUGAUUUUUAUCAUUUCAUUAGAAAGUUUAUUGGAAUUUCCCUUUUUAUCGUACAUAUUUACAAAAAAUAAAUUAAUAAAGGAGUGAUUUUUUGUUUAAUUUGUUGUUAAUCAUAUGAUCUCGUUCUAAUUUUUUUGUUAAAAAACAAAGAGUUGUACCCAAACAAUCAAAUUUUCGUAACAAUGCUCCGCGCAUGGCUGCCACAAAUAGUUUGAUCGAAUCGAGCUUUUAACGUGUACAUUUUAGUUGCGAGCCGCAGAGUGUAACAAGCACGUGCAAAGAGUGCAGGUGGUUAUAACCACCCUAUCACGUGAAAUGAUAUGGUUUCUUAAAACAUUUUCGAAAAAUUUUCCAAUCGUUUAUUACAUUUUAAGAUUAUGUUAUUCCCUUGAAGAAAACCAAUUUCAAUUUGAUGUUUCAAAGUUAUCCACAUUAAAACACGGAUCUGAAUUGGUGUUCUUAGAAAAUGGGUUUAAAAACAAUAAUUCCUACAAAUUGGAAGAUUUCUUUUGGACCGGCUCCGGGGACUCAGAAGAAGAAUUUGAAACAAAAACCUCAAUCAUUUACGAAACAAAAACUGUCUUAUCAACGCUUUUUAUAGCAUCAACAAACCCACCAUCAAAUCAGACUUCGAAGCCUUCAAAAUGCAUAAUAAACUGUUUACCUCCUCAUCAACCAAACAGCGAUAUAAACCCAACCUCAGUCUACGAUUACAACACAACCGAAAAUUUAGACGCCGACCGCCAAUUUUGGCUCUUAACUGUUCUUAAAAGCGAUGGAAAAGACCCCGUUUUGAUCGAUUUAAAGAAUAGCUUAGCUAAGCUUUACAAAAAAGCUUUCCAACGGCAACAAGAAAAGCAUUUGGGGAUAAACAGAAAUAAAAGGGAUUUGGAUUUAGAACAAUUCAACGAAACGAAUAAUAAAUUAAUCGAGACCAAAGAUAAACCCGUUAAAGUUUACAUCCACAACGUUGAGAAAUCCCCCAUUAACGGCGAUGAAAAAAUCGAAGUUUUAUAUCACGUCUCCGUUUCCGGACAACCAAUUCCCGCAAAUACAGCUGCUGAUGAUAUGGCUUUAAUUUCCGACGAAGAAGUUAUCCAAGAAUUGGGUUAUCCAUUCCUAAUUAAAGCAGAACCUUAUUUAAAAGCAUCCGAACCACAAAGCUUAUCAACAUCGAAAAAUACAUGGUUAUUUAUCGGGUCAUCUUUAGCCGCAGUCUUUUUACUUCUUUUAGCCGUUGCUUUUUUAUCACUUUGCAUAACGAAAAGAAAAAAAUCUCAUACAAAUAUGCGUCAAGUUUUUGACACCCAUGCAAAAGAAAACGUUGGUUUUGUUGACGAUAAAGACAAAAAUAGGAAAGGAUCACCAACCUACAUCGAUUUCCGAACGCAAACGUCGAAUGAAACUUUAAGAAGUGUUGAUAUUAAUCGAUCGAGGAGUUCAAUUAGUUCAAUGAGUGUUAGUUCGAGUAGUUUGGAUGUUUCGCCUUUAAUGAGGGCGAAACCAAAACAGUUUAGGGGAAAACCCACGAAUAAAACUGUACCUCUUAAUUUGGUGAAAUAUAGAAGUUCUUUUGGUGAUUCUGAUAGUAGCGAGGAUCUAAAAAGAUCUGAAAAUGAAUCUGGGGUGAUUAGUCCUAAAUCUUAUUUGUCAAUGCCCUCAGUAAAAUCAUUUCCAAAAUGUAACAUUCCAGAGCCUUUAAGUAAAGUUUUAGAACCAGUUAGUGUUCUUCAUUUAGAUUUAAUAGAUGAUCAAGAUCAACCGGAUAAAAAUUAUUUUAAACGACAUGGAAGUUCUUGCGAAGAUCCCGGUGUUAUCGGCCCGGUUGUUUGGAGUAUUCACCAACAAAAAAUACAACAUGGGGUUAGCGUUGAUGAAGGAAUCGACGAACUAAAAAUUGCUAAUAACGUAGCUCGAAUGAGGAAAAGAUUCCACGAUCUCCUCGACGACACAUUCAGCUUAUUCGGAAGUAGAAGAGACAGUCCAAUUGAUGAUCAACGAGCUGCUUUAUCCGAAAUUAAAAGCCAUUCAGCUAUAAAUAAUCGCCUUCCAGAUGAAAAUCAAUCGAUGAAGCCUCGUCCAAAAACAUCGGAUCCUAGAAGACCUCCAACGGGGGCCCAUGUAGAACCCCGAGGAGCUUGGGAUAGCCACGCUCCAUCACCUUUAGCGCGGCCUUUAAGUGCUGGGGUUUUAAGACAACAACCGAAAAUUGAUGUGGCCCAUAUUUUAGCUGAGGGACAAUUCAAAACGAACGAUCCAGCUGUGCCUUUAAUCGCUGCUAUUAAAAGUGAAAUUGGAAAGUGUUCUUUACCUGGAAGUACAACCAAUUUAGUUGGGGAUCAAAAUUAAAAAGUUUCAAUCGUGCAAUAACCAAAUAAUUAUUAGUACAUAUAUAGAAC